UUUGAGGCCAAUGAUUUAUGCUGGAGCUUUUCCAUAUUGGAAUUAAUACAAAAGCAAAUCUUUAGCUGCUCAGCAGUAACAUCAGCCAGCAAGUUGAGGAAAAGCCCAGCGGCUUAGUUAUCCGGCUCCAACGAAACUUAGCAGUACCCACUUGCAAUGAGCAAUUAUUAUAUCUCCCCGGUAUCCGAGGAAGAAAUCAUCCGUUGAGUUUGACUUUCAACCAGCAGCCAGGUGACGCCGACCCAAUUAAAGGACCUAGAGCACAGAUAUAAAUCCAGUGAACAAGCCUGCGCUGGUGAAUUUUUGCCCAUUCUAGCAAAAUAUUAUAACUGCUACUAUUAGAGGAGUCAAUCCUUGGCAAUCCUAUUCCACAGCAAUCACUACCUUCAACAGCCUCAUUUUGCAAUCCAGAAGCAGCGAAUGAAAGAUGGGCAGGACUGGCUGCACCAUAGAUGGUUCCCUUGAUGACUCCAAGUUCAACCAGCCUAUCCCAUGGAUCGGCUUGUAUGUUGCAGCAGCAUCUGCAGCUUGUGCAAUCGCCAUGGCCAUUGAUACCCUUCACGGCUUACGCUACAAAAAGAUCUGGUUUCCUUCCAAGUUCUUCUCUCUCAAUGCAACAAGCCUCACCCUUUUAGCCGUGGCAACUAAACUUUCCGUUGAUCUGAACACCUCCAUGCCCCAGCGGCAGGAUCAGCUGGCAAAACUUAGCAGCACCGUCUUCAUCUGCACAGUGAUGGCUAAUUUCAUGCCUUCGCUUGGAAACAUGGAGAGCAAAGAGCUCCUGGCAAACUUGGUGGCUUUGGGAAUUUUUGCAAUCACAGUCAUAGUGAACAUCUGCAUCCAGUUAGGUACGGGUGUGAUUUAUGUUUUCUGGAGGGAAUACGCAGUUACCAUGGCUGUUAUGAUAAUUUUGCUAGCACUCAUGAUUUCUUCAGCUUUGACGAUUCCUAUGACAAAGAGUUACUUUGAUCUCAAAUACAAGAAAAAACAUAAAUUAGCAGUGAAAGAGUGCAAUGAUAAAUCUAACAGAUGCCCAUCCCAGAAAGCAUCUCACAGAUUGAAGGAAGAUUUGACAAAAUACUGGAUCAUGGCACACACCUGUAACCCCCAGUUUGUCAUGGCGCGCAUAGCAACAUGCAGUGCCUCAGGAGCAUUCUGCCUUUUGAGCACCGCAACUUUAGCAGAAGCUAUGAUCCGUUGUUUCUUCAUGCCCUGGGAGUUCAAGUUCUGUGUGGGAGACUCAGAUUACAAGUGGUCAACUACGCUCAUUUUAAUAAUUCAAACCGUAGCAAUCGCAGUUGGCACGGUAGCUCCAGCUUCAAGAUGGUUCGCUACCAUCAAUUUCAGGUGCCCAAAGAGAGCACACAAGGCCUGCAAAAAUAAAUUCAAACUGGAGAAAUACUGGACCCUCAAGCUCAAGCAAUUAAAAGAGUGCCCAUUGGGCUCGAGGUUGUACAGUCGGUUUUAUAGAAAGCUUGCACACAACCUAAAAGGCAAAAUCUUGGAUUUGUGUAUCUGGAUGCAGAUUGGGGUGGUGUUCUUAAGCAAGCAAGUCCGGUUUAUCUCCCUGUUCUUUAUCAUCAGGUUCCUGAUAAGCUACCGGUCCUUCUCAAACAUGAUCAGGCGCCUCAAUACCAGCAAUAGUAUGUCCCUCUAUGAUUCAGAGUUAGAGUCACAACCUAAUCCAAUGCAGGAUCUUAGUCGUUUUGUAAUGCACCUGGAGGGAGAGGAAGAGUUCAUUCAUAUGAUGACGAGAAAAAACUGCGACGCUACUGGCCAUUGGAUCAGGAUGGGGCAAAAGCAGCAGCCAAAACAUGCCAUACAACUCUUGGAGAAACUCAAGUCUUCUAAGGAGUUUGAGGGAGUAAUAAAGUUUGACAGUGACCUGGUCCAUUCAUUAGAUUCCGAAGAACCUCCAAAUUGCUGGGCGCUUCCUGUAGUGACAUUAACAAGCAUUGCAGUGGCACUUCCCAAAGUUGACCGUGACUUGGUUAAACAGUUGAUAAAUAGCGUACACGAAGCACUCAAAUACAUCAAUUUCAUUGAAGACAACCUAGAUGCAAAAAAAGACUUGAUAAACGUCAGGAAGGCAGCAGAAGUACUGUGGGUAGGAGUCGAUCUCCAUUACAAGUGGAUGGAUGUGGAUCUCCACCAACUAUCCCUCCAAGAUAAGCGUCCAAAAGUAAUAUUCGAAGAACUUGCUGAAAAAGCAAAGCAAAGGUUUAAGGAAUUUAAGGAGAAAGAUCCAAUAGCUUAUCUAAGGGAAAAUGCUUCCAAAUGGCCAACCAAUUUGUUAGUCGCCAAUUCAAUGUAUAGAAUAUGUCAGACUCUUGUGCUAAGUUCUGAUAGCGGAGAGUGGGAAUGUGGCAAGACAGCAUUUGAGAAACUGUCUGCUAUGAUUACUGAAAUAGCUGGGGCUUGCUUUACAAACUUACACCAUGCGAUCUCUGAGCAAUGCCACCAAAGUGCAAUUGAACAGAGGGAAGAUAGAGUUCGCAAUGCCAUUCUUCUUCUUGGGAAAACAGAGAAGAUAUUGGAGAUUCUCGAGCAGCAACCACUCCCAAGUUCAAACCCUGAGCAUUUGUUGCACAUUGACCAUUGGAGGAUGUUGAGCAAACGCAAAGAUCUUCUGGAGUGCAAUUCUUCAUCCACAAAAACUGACACAGCCUCCAGUAACUCCCCAGACUUGUAUCUUACUAUUGACUGAGAACUAAAGUUGGAAAGCUGGGAAUAGAUAAGCAGGUUAUGUAAAUUUCAAAAGAAGCAUAAUUAUUUGCUUCCAGAGCUAAUUUCAAAAAAAGUGAUGCUGUAUUAAAAAAUGUUUAAUCAUCUUUGUACAUAUAUAGUAAACCUUUGUAUUGCUAUCAAUGCCAAAAGCUCACUUGG